UCUUCUGACGGUUAUUUUUUUUUUAUUAUUGAUUGUUUCGUCGUAAUUUCUUUUUCUGAUUUUCUAAUUUUGUUUUUUUUGUUUGUGUUUUUUUGUUUUGCAAGCCAACAAUAACAGCUGCUGUGUUUAUGAUAAUUUACUUAUUUAGUGAGGUUAUUCAGUUGAAAAGAAAUCCGUAAUAAUUAAUCUUGGGAAAACACAAGCAAAAAAUGACUUUAGAUGAAUCAGAUAAACAAACAUCAGAUAAUGGUGUAAAUAAUACACAGGAAAAUGUUGAUGGCGAAGAAGAAAAUAUUUCGAAAUCAAAUCCAUCAACUACCACCACCACCCCAGAUGUUAUACAACAGGAAGAAUCAAUGCAAUGGACUAGUAGUACGAUACGAAAUGAUUCAACCGAUGAUCUUUUAAAUAAUAAUAAUAAUAAUAAUAAUAACAAAGCAGCUAUAAAAAGAACAUUUGAUCAGAUUUCUGAUGGUUCAACAUCAUCUCCAUCACAAUGUUUAUCAGUGAACGAAGAAUCGAACAAUAAUGAUGAUAAUAAAGUAAUAGAAAUGAACGAUGAAGAAACAAUGAAUAUUAUCGAUCUGAGUGGCCAGAAUACUGUUGAUAAUGAGGAUGAUAGUAGUAAUUCAAAAGAACAACAAACAUUGAAAAAACAAGAAAAAGAACCUGUUACAUUUAAAGUUGUUUAUGCAAAAGAAAUAUUUGAUAUUACACAAGAUUUGAAUGAUACAAUUUCGAUAUUGAAAAAUCAUCUACAAAAACUUACCUCAGUCAAUCAUAAUUCACAAAAACUUUGUUAUAAAGGAAAUUUAUCCGAUACGAAAACAUUAAAAGAAUGUGGUAUAAAAAAUGGUGUUAAAGUUAUGAUGAUUGGUUCGAAAGCAACAGAUAUUUUGGCUGUAUCAUCCGUAACAAAAGAUUCAAUUGUAAAAGAAAUUAAAGAACCUGUUCCAACUAAAGAACCAUUAUGUCAGCAAAAGCAACAUAAAAAUAUUAUCGAUAAAGGAUUACCUGAACAGGUUAUGUCCGGUUGGAUUGGUGAAGAUUGUCCAUUACCAUUGGAACCAUUAACAGGAAUGUUAAAUAAAUUUGGCAAUAAAGUUCGUAUGACAUUCAAAUUGGAACAGGAUGAAGUUUGGAUAUCAACCAAAGAACGAACACAAAAAAUUCAGAUGACUCAAAUAAAAUCUGUGAUUAGUGAACCAAUUUUAGAUCAUCAACAAUAUCAUAUUAUGGCCUUACAAAUUGGUACAACUGAAGGUUCAAAAAUUUGGUUGUAUUGGGUACCGGCACAAUAUGUUCGAGCAAUUAAAACAGUUAUAUUGAAUAGUUGAACAAAAAAA